UUUUUUUUUUUUCUUACUUUUCAUUGCUCGCCAUACACGCACGCGGAUAUAAACGAAACCUCAGGCACACGCACACCUCCAUAUCGCCAUCGCUCCUUCUUCUUCUAUCGUAGUACUGGACACGUUACUUGCGCGUCCUUCUAGUCGAACGCCCCCUCCCAAGUUCAAGUGCCUCUCAGCACCCGGCAUCCGACACCCUUACCCCGACCCUUGUCACCAUGGCCGAACAGCAGCAUCCUUACCCAAAGCCGCAGCAGCAGCCGCAGCAGCAGCAGGGAGCUGUUGGGGUUCGAGCUGAACCCGUCUUCAUCAGGGAUCCAUCCGCUCUCGAGUCCCUGUCCUCAGUGUUGACCGGGGUGUCGUCCUACGUGGCCAACACUCUGCCCACGUCCUUCUCCAUGCCUUCCAGGGGAUUCAGCUCCUCGCCCUCAGCCCCAGCCAUGAACGCCAACACCGCUAACCCGUAUUACUAUCCAGCAGCACAGGGCUCUACGAAUCCUCUUCUUGGCGGUCACCAGGACAACGUCUGCAUCCUCACUAACGGAGACGUCGUCCUCUUCUCAGCAUUCGACUGGAUCGACUCUGGGAGUAUCACCAAGAGCAGGACCUCUCGGCGGUUCUGUCUUUUGCUCGGCUAUGCGGACGGCUUCCAGAUCUGGGAUAUCACUCACCCAGACAACAUCCAUGAGAUCGUAUCCAUCCGUAACUCAGAGACCGAGGUCUCGUUCCUCAAGGUGAGCGGCUUGAGGCAAUACCUUCUGAGUUGAUGUUCAUCGAUGCCGUUGGAGAAGAGACGGGGCAGGCUACCAUCAUAUCGUCCCAUGAUAAUGAUGAUGAUGAUCAUCAUCACCAUCAUCAUCAUGAUCGAUUCUUCCUUGCCGCGGCAAUGAUCAUCAAUGGGCGACUCGUAUGCGCAAGCUCCCUUUCAGCCCCU